UCGUGGGCGGCGCCACGGAUGCAGUGCAAGACACCGCGGGCCAGGCUGUGAAUCAAGUCGGAGACACGGUGGGCAACGCGCUCGGAGGGCUUACGGGAGGAGGCAAGAAGGGCGAGGGUGAAGAGAAGGGCGACGGCGGCGAGCAGUUGCGACUACGGUUGGAGUUGAAUCUCGACAUUGAGAUCCAGCUCAAGGCGAAGAUUCAUGGCGAUCUCACCUUGGGCCUGCUCAACUGAGUGCUGGAUACAUUUACGCGAGUUCUGUUUUAUUUCUAUCAUUCUGCGGUGCAGGGAGUUCUCGAAAUGUAUGGUAGUGCACCGUCAAAAAUCGAUUGAUCGAUCAAUGCACACGACUUCUCUCGCAUUUCGCCAUCUGUCGAACAAACCAAGGCUGAGAGCAUCACGAAAUGUUGCGAUGACCUCCACAAAUAUGACGAAAAUAGGCCGUGUCUUGCUUCGGUCUUGCUUUGAAGCAACCACGUUCGGCCUUGGAAGGCUGGCGUCGACUUCCCGAUUCAGCUCACAUCGGGUCCGUCCAAGAUUUCCAACUUCACGUCCUCGCGCGUGCCUUGCUUUGGCCCUGCACACUGCUCCACUCCCCCGCCAAACCCCCGUUCCACCACGCAGAUAUUACGAGCCUGCUGUCGUGGACCCGAGUUAUCCGCAAUGGCGUAAUUGCUUGCAUACGCCGCUGAUUUCAUGCCUGUGGCUGAGACACCUGGAGAACAUGGGUAUGCCGUGUCCACGAGCAGGGGAGGUGAUGCCGAGCCCACUUUUGCCGCGAAACCGCCUCUUGUUCCCAAGCAGGUUUCGGCGUGCGCGCAUGCCUGUUCGCUCAUCGCAUGCCGGAUGAAGACAUCUUACCACCAGAGCUCUGUUGUUUCUUGCCCUUCCCUGACCUCUCCUUCUGCUCCAUUCACAUUUCACCCACGUCUCAAACUUCCUCGUCACGAUCCAAAAUGUCAAGCAGAGAGUACUUAGAACA